CGCUCUGGUGAAGAACAAGAAAGGAACACAUAACCCAAGCUUGCCUCUCUGUGUGUCCACGAAAGAACUAGUUGCGCGGAAGCAUGGAUGAAUUAUCCAUAGUGCCCAAUUUGUCCUCCAUGUCCGGCUUAGGUGGGGGUACGCAAGGUGCGGAAGGUACCAUCACCUUUACGGAAGAAACUCCCCAGGAGCUUCGCGAACGGAAGCGGCACUUCGUCCGUAUGGGUUCCGUGGUUAUCAUCGUGCUACUCGUUUUAAACGUCCUGCUCCUUUAUGUCUACUUGACGUCCAAACCGAAAGUGAUGGUCAAGAGACACACGGAAUAUUUGGGACACGUCCGCGGCCUUCACGGCGAGCAGCCUGCCUCGAAGCAGACGCUACCUGCCGUCGUGGAGUGCCACAGUCCUGGCUGUCAGUGGCUGCAGCAAUACUUGCGAAGCAUACCCAGAAAAGUCGAACCUUGUCAAGAUUUCUACGCUCACGCGUGCGAUGGCGUCGACGUGGAUCUGAUGACACGAGGAGUUGUCAAGUUCAUGCAGGCAACCGGAGAUGUCAUCCUUAGGAGUGCUGCACGCUACGAAGAAGGACAGCAUGCGUCAGUCUUCAAUAAUUGCAUACAAGCCAGGUGACAGCGCCAAAACGCCCAUCUUUUUAUGCUGUCAUUUUGGAGUAUACACCCCCAAGACGGAACCACAGAAACCGCACGUGGCAAACGAUUUUUAAAGGGAGGCUCCGCAACAAAAAAAAAAAGCUGUCGCGGUAACAAUACGACAUCGAUCAGUUCCGUAUGAUAAUUCAGUGAAUACAGUUUAUCACCCACCCACCCUCCCCAGCGGCGGCACAUACAAUUACAAAACUAAUAUUUUCCUUUGAGUGAUGAGGCGCUCCGGGAAAGCAGUUCAGCAACGCUGGACUUCACGUCACCGGUAUUCCUCGGUACGACUUUCUCUAGGUUUUGCUUUCACGUCUGUCGAAUAUUUUAGAACGAAAUCGACGAAACAGAUGGCUGGUCGUCAACAUGGAACGAGGAAGUCAAACAGCGCGUGCCCGAAAAGCAGCUGGUGGCCCACACGAGACUACCGGUAGCCCGCCAUACUGCCGGUGACGUCCAGCAUGAUACAGGAAGCAGCAGAGGGAACCUUCAGAAGUUUCGGUUUCGUUUUGAGCUUCCGAGCUCUUUGGCGGUUAUCUAGUCCCCGACUACCAAAGUAGCUUUAGUUGGAUGUAGGGCUGCCAAGGCAAUGUGACGCGCAAGUACAAUGGGAUGAUUCUCCAGAAGGCACAUGCGCGCAUGGACGUCCUUUUAGUUUAGCUGCGAUUGAUGAGCCGUCCAAGGAAGGGUCCUCGUCAGCCCAGUUCAAUUUUAAGGGACCAAUAGCCCUCUACCUGUUUGUAAACACAUGACUUCAUAAUGUUCGACAGCGCCACGAGUUUGGUAGAGUUGAGCUAUGUUCAAAGGUAGUGGCGAACAAGGUCGCGCCCGAAAGCCACGGUCUUGAGGGGAUUACGAUGGUCUCUGAAAGGACGCGACCUUCGGUCCUAUUUUUUUUUUUUUUCAAUAGGUGGAACCCCCUGGAACCCAGCUGUCCCCUUCCGAUCUGUUUUGGUUUCGGUGUGCCUACGAACGUCAUGAUGACGUUUCUCGGGUAGAUGUUUAUAGGAGGCUGUCAUGAGAGCAUUCAACAAGAAAA